AUGGCCACGGGCGCGCUCACUCCCGAGCUGGAGAAGUACAUUGAACAAAACUAUGUCUUUGCCAAGCUCCCUGCUCCUGUGCAACAGGGUCUUGGAGGGUCGAAGCGCGAAUACGAUAAGCUUGUCGUGCAGUAUUCCCUGUCGCAUCAGCUGCGCUACAAAAAAGCGCUGGUGCGCAAGCUCGUCCCCGAUGAGCUCCAGUAUUAUCAACAGCUCUUGCACCACAGCCGAGAACACAUGAUGCUGUACCCCUAUCACCUGGCAGAUGUGCUCAUCUAUCGCCUCAACGAGACACCGUUCUCCUACUACCAUGCCAUUCUGUCCCAUAUGCUGUCAUCGGACCGCAGCUAUGAUGCCCUUCCCAACUUUUCGGCAACUGACUGUUUGGCCUUGGUAGGCAUUGGCCGCAACGAGUAUAUUGAUCUCCUCAAUGACAGCAAGUCGGGACGGGGCAUGUUUCGCAAGCGCAUCAACCCCAAAAACCUCCUGCCCAAACAACCGCUUCCACCGCGCAACCUGCGUCAUUGGUGGCUGAUCCGAGUGGGGCGAAUCACCGAGAAUGACAUCAAGCUUGCGACUGUCGAGGAAAAGGCUCUCAUUGAUCGCCUCAUUGAUAGUGGACCCCAGCCCGCCGGCAAAUUCAAUCUGCAGUUGCUCAACAGCAUGUUUGUGAAGCAAUUCAUUCAUCUGGAUGUCCCUGUCCAAGAUGACGACCUGAUCAAGAUACCCCCCUUGGAAGGAUUCGUGAUGAACCGUGUGCUAGGCGACUAUCUCGAGCAACUGCUGUACAAGAUCUUUGUGUCCGUUGAUGAACACACCACCUUGGGCGAUUUGGCCACGAUCCUUCGCGUCAGCCCCCACCGCGUACGGGAUGCCGUAUCAAUGUACUGCCGCCUAGGAUUUGCUGUGAAGAAAAAUGUCGAUACGGCCGAUGCGCUGGACCAAUGCCACCCCUCUUGGAUGGCCAAGGCCGAGGCACUGCGUGCCUCGACGCGGACAAGUGUCGCAACAUUCGACAUCCGGCCCUCCGAUGGCCGGCGAAGAAUCGGUGUGGUGUUUGAUGCCAACCUGGCUGCCAUUCUCAUGAUGGGUAACCUCAGCCCCGGGCUCAAGAAACAUGCCGUGACCAUGUUUGAGGCAAGUGGCAAGCGUUGUCGUUGGUCGCCCGCUGACGAUGCCCAUAAGUGUGCCGGUAAAAUUACGGAAGAGACCAUGGACGAAUUCUUGAGCGAGUUGGACCAGACGGUUGUGUCUGGGGAAGGGCAGACCCAGGAGUACACGCGUCAGGCAUUGAUCUUGCGCGACGCUCUCCGGUUCCUACGUCAUAAUCAAGCCGUUGAUAUUCCAGGCCUCACCGACAAUGAGCAGGAUGCCAAGGCCGAAUCCAUGGAUGGAGCUGGAGUGGACCUGCUCAAGUGCGAGAGCGUGCUUAGCUUGGACCGCGCAACACAGCAGCGCGUGUUGGAACGCGCGUAUAGCCUGCUCAUCACGCUGGCUCCGCUUGGGCAAGAGACGGCCUCCAUCUCGAGCGUCAAGCCCUUUCACCACGGGCCCGCCAUCCCCGAAUGCGGCACCAUAUGGUUUCGCUUGUGGCUAGCCAGUCUGGUAUCACGGGCACCUCCUGCAUACUUGCUAGCUUGUGGGACUGUACUCUGGGGUCUGCCUGGUAAAUUGCUUGAAUACGACGAAUGUUUGGUAGUCACGUGCGGUCAUGAGCCCACGGUGCAGCCCACCGCCGAUCUCUUGAUGACCCUGAACGACGCUUUGGCCCACUCGCCCGUCUUUGUACAGGGCUAUCGUCGCCAUGCCGAUGCUGAUUUAAGCAUUGAACAUGUGCCUUUGACCGUGCCUCCAGCAGAUGCCAUGGAUCGAGUGGCAACGUUGGUGGCAAACUCGCGCCCAGCUCAACCCUCAUUCCCAGCGCUGUCCGCGACCGAUGAGAAUGCAUCCCUAAUUGAUCUGGACGACGCCUUGCCAGCCUUGGGCUCAGCACCGGCGCCAGCCCCAACCGACUCUGACUCACCUCUUAUUGACUUGGGAGCUGCGCCCGGAGAAAGCUCGACUGACGCAGCCCCCUCGGCUACCGCUGCUUUGGCAACCACUGAUUCGACGCCCAGCGCUCCCUCGCUGACGGCUACUCAUGCGGAAGCCGUUACUCGCUGGACAGCACUGCAUGCUCAACUGGGACUGGGUGAUCUCUGUGCCCAGCUUCAGGUCGGCCCUCGCACUGCAGGUUACAUCUCUGUAGUUCGUGAGCGCUCCCCGGCGCCGGCAGAGCCGAGUGGAAAGCCAGCCACAGCGACAGACCCUAGUGCAGAUGCUAGCCUGGCCUCGAUCGAGCCUCCUAGUCCGGCCGAGCCCGAUGCACCCCAAACCAGCUCGCAGCCUGUUUUAGGGACUAAACCUGAAGAUGAUGAUGAUGAUGCUGUGCGCAAGGAAAGCAUCGCGUCUUCUGAAGCCCCGUGGCGCGUACAUGAAGUGCAGUUUGGAAUGCCCAUUUUUGAUGCGACCUUGAGCCGGGCUGUCCAGUGCUCGUUUCUGCGCACCACUGACUCGGCGGGAGAGAGCACCGAGCUGUAUCAUCAACGUGCCCUGAGUGUGCGCUUGCUGCAAUUCAUUGCGACACAUGGAGCUAGCAUGGAUGAUUUGGCGCACAACCUCAAUGCGCGCUCAUCAGGGUACCGCGUACCCUAUCCUCUGGUGUCAUUGCAGUGCGUUGACAACAAAGUGAUGCCUUUCGAGAGCCAUUGA